AUGAUUCGUAUUGGAAAAGUCUUUCUAUGUUCUACCUCCAUUCAACAUGUCUCUGGCACAGUCACAGUGUCAAAAGACUACAGGAAAAUAGAAGCUGAUGAGAAACAGCUCUUGGAGGAGGAGGCAAAAAGAAAGGAAUACGAGAAGUAUCCAUUACGUUAUCGUUUGUUGGAGUGCAAACCCGGAUUGCCGCUUGCGUUGACAAAGUUAAAAUAUCUUCUCGCUUGUCGAAGAACACAUCCUGAUGCAGGUGGCGAUGCUGAGGCGUUUUUGCGUGUGAGUCUUGCCUAUCAGGACGUUAUGAAAGAUUAUGGUGUGGAGACUGUGGAGAAUAAGGUGGUUAACUUGGGCAAUUUUCAAGUGGAUGAUCAUGAGGCACGAAACUACUUGGAAGCACGUGCACAAAUAAAGAGUUUUAUACCAAUUUCUACAUUGGAGGAUCAUAUUCGUCAAAUUGAAGAGGUCAGGGCACGAUUGGGAGACCAUUUGGCAGAUAGAAUAGCAGCCAAUGACGAUGAGGCUAUGUUGCUUCUGGAGGAUAUUGAAGAGAUUAUGGAGGAGAAUGGUCUUCGGACUAUUCGUCUCGAGAUUCUUGAGGAUGGAACAGCUCAAGUAGAAAAGGUGAGUCUCACUGAUGGUACUGAAAAACCACUUUAUCUUGAAAGUAACACCAGUCCAGUGGGAAAACAACGUAGUAGGGGUGAUAUUCCUAGUGAUAAAACAACUACUGAAGGGGAGAAGGAAAAAAAACUAAAUGAGAAUGAUGAUUCAAAUACUAACUUGGGAAAAGAUGCAACAAGUAGCCAGAAUACUCUCCGCACGGCAGAGGUUAGUGCUGAUGAUAUUGAGGUUCUUACCGCGAAGAAUAAAGUACAAGAUCGUACGGAUGUUGCUGGAUUGGCUUCUCGGACAGCUACUGAGGUAAUGCGAAAUACAGAGGAGGCGAAACAAAUCCGUCGUGAGUCUUCUGUACUUUUUGUUUAUGUGUUAUGUAUUUUCUUGCUGUUUUACGUAUACAUAGAAGGAUUAAUGCGUGCAAAAUCACAACAGAAAAAACGUCCUGAAGUAAUGGAACACGUCACAACGGACACAAUGCUUCCAUGGUGGGGAAAUGAUGUUGAGUACGAAAGUCAAGUUAAAAGAAUUUUUGUUGAGGAGUGGCGCCGCGCCCGUGCGAGUUCACGUCGCGUGCAGACGUUUCAAGAUGGAGUGGCUCGUGAAUCUCUGGAUGAGCGUGAUAAGAGAGAAAUGGAUCUCAAAAUAUUUACAGUGACAGCAGAACGACUUCGUGAGAUGAGGGAACGUGUAGAAAAGCACAAUGGACGUCAGUAG